AUGGUGUCACUGUCGAUGUUUGCCUUCAUUCAUGGAGCGAGGGGCAUCUUUUUUGCUUUUCCAUACGGCGGAAGGGUAAAAAUUAACUCAUUGGAGAUUUGUUAUGACACCUUCACAGAAAAUGCAGGAGAAGCACUGUGUCAAGCAAAAGGCCUGCACUACAGUUCAUUUACCAAGGGUUUUGCAUACAAUCGAUAUCAAACAGAACGUAUAAACUGUAGGACAAACUUGCUGUCUUCCUGCUAUACCGUCUCGCAUAUUUGUAUCGAAGUGGUCAAUAUUCACUGCAAGGGACCGGUAAUGACAACCACGAGUAUUGGGUGUCAUAACAAUCCCUGUCAAAAUGGUGGAAGCUGUCAUCAAAACUCACCCUAUGAGGCCUAUCACUGUACGUGUUUGGAUGGUUACAUUGGGGAAACCUGUGAAAACUCUACUAUCUUUGAGCCAGAAAGCGUUGUGACGGUUGGAUGUCUUGAUGAUGCAUGGAAUAUUACUCUUUAUCUUCCAAAUAUACGUAAUGAAUACCCAGAUUUAAAGGUCAAUGAUAUCUACAUUGGACAAGAUAACGAAAAUUGUACCGGAUUUGUAAAUGGAGACUAUAUAAUUUUUCAACAAGAGUUCACUGGAUGCCAAACAAAGGAGAUGUAUAUAGCAGAAGGGAUCAAUUACCAGAAUGUAUUAGUCUACGCCGUUCACGAUAAGCACUAUCAUUUCAUCGUUCGUGAACACCGAUUUCGUUUGACAGUCAACUGUACAAAAGUAUUUCCAAAUGGUCCAUUUACCAACAAUGCUUCCAUACAUUUUGAUCAGCCUUUACAUGUUCAGUUCUUUUCUGAUCCUUCCUACUUGCAUGUAAAAACUCUGAACAGUUCGAAAGUUGGGGAGAAGGUUUAUGUUCGAGCAUACAGUGACGACAAGGACAGUCAUUCUAAAACGAGGCUAUCAAACUGCUAUACAACACCAGCAUUAUCAACUGAUCCAAACAUGGUCUAUUUCAUCAUUAAGAAUGGAUGUGUAAUAGAUCCAAAUGCUAUUCUUCUGUCUCAGAGCGCCCAUGAGACCCAUUUUGCCUUCCAGUACUUCGAAUAUGCAUCAAAUGAGGGUUCCUUAGAACUGCAUUGCACUGCCACUGUCUGUCAAACGAACGAACUUUCCCCUGCAUGUGAAACUAGAUGUCACAACAGCACGAUGAAAAGGGUUGGAAAACCUUUCUAGGAUGAAGUGUUUGAUGAGCAAAGUAAACAAUG